AUUUCUGUUUUUUUUUUGGUUUUUUUGAGUUUAGGGUUCAUAAGAAUUAAGAAGUUUAGGGUUUAGGGUUCAAGUGCGAAAUUUAGUUCGAAAUUUUGUGUUUAUUAUGAUUAUUAAGAUUAAUUUAGUGCGAAAAUUUGUGUUUAUUCCUAAAGUAUAAGUUAUUCAAGGUAAUAUAUGUCUCCACUUGAAUUUGUCUUGAUGAUGAGAAAUACAAAAAAAAAUCCAUCAUUAUCUCAAUCAAUAUUUCUGUAUAAUACAAAAAACUGCUAAGUAUGUACUCUAUUGUAUAUUUGUAUGCAUUAUUAGUCUCUGUGUUUGAAUGUUAUAUGUGGCAAUUCAAUUUCACAUUGUAUUAUGAAUAGUUGAAUAUAUACCAUAAUACCAACCUGCAAAUUGAUCCAACAUAAUGCGGCACAACUUAGUAACUUACUACUUCGUAAUAAAUUUUGAUCGUUGAGAAAUUUUUUGGAUGAGUAGUGAACUAGUGAUUCAUUAUAUUAAUCAUUGUUUGGUUUUCUAAUGAAUAAUGAAUGGACUUGCACUUAUUAAACUAACUCAUACUCCGUAUCAUAUACGCUAUUUACCUGGUAUUGAUAUUUCUAAUGUGUAUAUAUGGACACUUUUUAAGCUAACUUAUACUUUAAAAUUUGUGUUUAUUCCUGCUAGGCUGCUAAAAGUAUGGACUCAGAUUAUUAAGAUUAAAUAAGUUGGCUAACCUGUGUGUAGUUCAGGGGUUCUUAUUUUUGUUUUUAUUCUUGCAGGGAGUGAAGGAAGUCAAGGAACCACGGAUUCUUAUUCUUGCAAUGUAAGUUGCUCUUAAAUUUUUUUAUAAAAUGGUAUGUGUAUAUAAUUGUUACUUUAAAAUUACUUAUAUUGUAUAUAAUUAUAUUGUAGAUGGAGAGCUCUCAAUCCAAACGGUCUGCUUCUUUUUCUGAACAAACGUCACAGCCACUUUCUGAAAAGGAUAUGGAAGAAUUGCAAUCUACUUUGCCUCCUGAUAAGAAGCUAAAAGCGGGGCGGGAAUAUAUAUGGAACAGAAAAAGUAAGAGGAAAGCUGAGUAUUGGAAAUAUUACUUAGAGUACGUCGAGAAUGGAAAACUACGAGCUGAAUCUAAUAAAGGUUUAGGAGAAAUUGCUUCUAUGUAUGAUAUGUUGAAUAAUUGGGAACAAAGUGAGGACUUGAAUUUUCAAGCUAUGGCCAUUGCAAUGAAAAAAAAGUUUGAUAAGUAUUGGGGGGAUGUGGAUAAGAUGAAUAAGUUCAUUUAUGUUGCUCUUCUUCUCGACCCUCACUCUAAGAUGGUCAUUGUUGAAUUGACACUAACGGAUAUGCAUGGACCGGAAAAGGGUACAAAACUUGCUAAUGAUGUGAAGGAGUUCGCUUACUCUUUAUUUGAGGAAUAUAGAAAAAUGUAUGCUACUUCUAAUAUUCCAGAUUGUGGAGAUAAUAUGUCAAUGGAUAUUGAUAAUCGUUAUCUUUUUAUUUUAUAA